CCUACCAACACAUCCACAGCAAGCAGCACAACACAGUCAUCCCUCUGUGAUUACUUCAGCUCAUCUGCUGUUCAGGCAUCAAGUGCACCAAGAAGAAGUCAAGCAAUGGAUUGCAACCAGAUUAUUGGUUUGUCUUGCUUCAUGAAUAUUUGUUAUUGUUAUGUAUUCCUUACAUUCCUUGAUGAGAUAAAAAUAUUAAUAAUAAUAAUAAUAAUAUAAUAAUAAUAAUAAUAAUAAUAAUAAUAAUGAUGAUGAUGAUGAUGAUGAUGAUGAUGAUGAUACUAAUAAUAAUGAUAUUAAUAAAAAUGAUUAAUAUUAAUGAUGAUGUAUUAAGUUUACAUUCAUUAACCAAAUUUUCUUCCUUCUUUGAUUGGUAUGAAAAUGCUUAAAAACUGAUGGAAAUGGUCAAUGUGCAAGCUACAAUAUUGGAAAAGGUCACACAAAGUCUUUCUUGAACUUGUUUAUCUUACAUUGUUCCCUUCCAUUACAAUAAACAUUUUGCACUUUAAAAGACUCUACAACCAGUCUCUAGAACGUUUGAGAUGUUGUGCUUUACUCAUGGCCCUCCUUUCCUCUAACACUUGCGAUGACAACUUUGAAUCCCUGUGAGGUAGUUUUUUUAACAAAUGUCACAACCAUUUGGAAACUGGUUGUACUUGGCCUCUUAAUUUUUAGGUAAGGCUAAGCUACACUACCUCUUAGUGUAUGAGAAAACAGUAAGUGGGAAAAUGCAUGUAAAACUCUAAGUAACAAAUAACUAUGAUGAUUUUCAGUCAGUUGAAUUUUGAUUGAAAACUGCAAUUGGUGGCUGUUAAUUUUAGUGGUAUCAAUUAUUUAACAGUUAAUGAAUGAGGCUGAGUAUCUUAUGAAGAAUUAUGGAGAUCGAGGAGGGUGUUAUCCGUCGAGGCCGUAGGCCGAGGCGGAUAACACCCUCCGAGAUCUCCAUAAUUCUUCAUAUGAUACGAAAGCCGAAUUCAAUAACUGUUUUAUUAUUCAUUCAAAAUAAUUCCUAGUUUAAAAACAUAGCUAAAACAUGCUUACCUCCAUCGAUCCAUCGAUGUUCAGUUCAUCUUCGAUACUGUACGUUUAGGUUUGUCCAGCUCCGCAAAUAUUCUCCAGAUAGCAGAUGUCGCCCUUCGAGUUGUCUUCUUGCUGUUCUUUCCAUGUUUUUAGCUAUGUUUUCGCCUAGUCCUUACUCUUGAAACGGGUGAAAUGUCCGCCAUUUUUUCAAGUUCCCAACCAAACCAACUCAACCUCGUCCCCAGGUCUUCUCGGUUAACGGUGCCUUAACCUGCGAAAAGCUGCAUUUUUGACGUCAUUUCCUCAUUAAAGUCAAAUUUCUUCCAAAUUUGGUCAACAGUAACUGGUUAUGGUGAAUUAAACGUGUGCUUUUAGCCAAUCAGAAUCGGAGAAAUAUUUUGAAUGAAUAAUAAUAUAUUUUUUUGUAUGUUAGUCAAUCUGGCUACUUCUUAACAAUAAAUUUUAUCUUGUCAUUCACCAUGAUCUGUCAUUUUUUUGUUUGCUUUUAGAUGUUGAUGGGCCUGGACCCAGUUACAUGGAAGCAAGUACCUUGAUAGUUUCCCCGGAAUUGUUACUUUCCCAAACAUGUAUAUCUGAGCAAUUUAAGUAA